AUGGCGACCAACAAGGAGGCUCCUCUGGGCUCCACUGAGAACCCGAUCAAGUUCAAGGACCAAGACUUUGAAACUCUCCAGGAAGAGUGUCUGAAGUCCGGCGUGUUGUUCUCUGAUCCAACCUUUCCAGCGGAGCAGAAGUCCAUCGGAACACCGGAAGACCCGGACCCUAAAAAGGCUAUUCAAUGGAAGAGACCCAAGGAAAUCAGUAAGAACGCUGCAUUUGUCGAGGACACCACUGCAACGACUGAUAUCUGUCAGGGCCAACUUGGUGACUGCUGGCUGCUGGCUGCCCUGUCCUGUCUGACCGCGCACCCCUCGCUCUUUAUGAAGGUGGUGCCACCAAACCAAAGCCUGAGCGACCGUUACGCAGGAAUCUUUCAUUUUAAGUUCUGGCAGUAUGGUGAGUGGGUGGAGGUGGUUGUGGAUGACAGGCUGCCAGUACGCGAAGGCCGUCUGCUCUUCAGCUACUCUCGCACCCGCAAUGAGUUUUGGAGCGCCCUGGUGGAAAAGGCCUAUGCCAAGUUAAUCGGAUCUUACGGGAGCCUGAAGGGAGGCAACAUUUCAGAGGGGAUGGAGGACUUCACUGGAGGCAUCGCCCGCUCGCUGGAGAUCUCUUCUCGUACCCCUCGAGUCCUCUGGAGGUCCUUGGCUGCUGCUCUGUCCCGAGGGAGCCUGCUCAGCUGCUUCAUCCAGGCCAAGAGCGCCUCAGAUAUCGGCAAGGUGACAGGAGAGGGGCUGAUAAAGGGCCAUGCUUACGCCAUAACUGACGCUGACAAGUUGACGAAACCAUCAGAUGAGAUUUUGCUGCUGAGGCUGAGAAACCCCUGGGGUUUUAUCGAAUAUUGCGGACCCUGGAGUGACAAGGGGAAAGAGUGGGAGAACGUGGACCCGGCAGAGAAGGAAAGGAUCGAGGUGAAAUGCGUUGAAGACGGAGAGUUCUGGAUCAGUGCCGAGGACUUCUCCAACCUCUUUGAUGUCGUGGAGCUCUGCAGCGUCAAUCCAGACUCUUAUGAUGAAGAAAGCACACCUGCCAGCUGGGCCAUCACCGAACACGAAGGCUGCUGGCUGCCGGGGAGUUCUGCUGGUGGUAGCCGCAAAUAUAACAAAACAUUCUGCAAAAAUCCCCAGUAUACGCUGGUCCUCAAAGAGAAGGACGAGAAUGAGGAUGAGGACGAUGACGACGACGUGGGGGACGAUGGCGAGGAUGACGAUGACGAAAUGGAAGAUCAGACUGUGACCCCAGAUUUGAAGAAGAGACCCGAGAAGCAGAAGCAGAAGCAGAAAGUCAAACGUUGCACGGUGUUGGUGGAGCUGCUGCAGAAAAACCGAAGGCAGAGGGAUAAACUCAACUUCCUCUACAUCGCCUUUCACGUCUAUAAGGUUCCUUCUGAGAACACUUGUCUGGACCGCAGCUUCUUUAUGAAGAAUCGCCCAGCGGGUCGUUCUGGGAAGUACAAAGCUCAAAGAGGUGUGUGGAGAAAGAUGCGUCUGGAUCCAGGUACUUACGUCAUUGUGGUAUCCACCUACCGACCCAACAUCCCUGGAGAGUUCUUCGUCCGCACUUUCUCCAAGAUCGGAAACACUCUCGAGACUCAAGACUUUGCCUGCACCUCCAGCUUCUCACAAGUGAUGAGCGCUCCUGUCUCCUCAGAGGAUCAAGACAGAGUGGAGAUGACUUUUGACAAGCAGGCUGGCCUAGAUGACAGGCUGAACGUCAAAGACAUCAUGAAGCUGUUUAACUCAGUUCUUGAGAAAGAUUACCAUCUGCCUUUGGAGACGUGCAGAGAGCUCAUCUUUGGAGAGGAUACUAAAGGGCGCUGCGCUCUCAGCCGUGAGCAAGCAGGAACCCUGCUGGCCAGUGUGCGCAAUCUGCAGUCCAUCUUUUCUCAGUUUGAUGAGGAUUCUUCUGGAAGCAUGAGCCGCUUUGAACUCAGCUCAGCACUGCAGGCUGUUGAAUUCCAGUGCGAUAACAAGGUGGUUGAGCUGCUGUCUGAGCGGUUCACAUCUGGAGAGCUGGACAUGCCCUUCCACGGCUUUGUGUCAUGUGUCACCAGGCUCCGCAAGCUUUUUGCUCUGUAUGAAUCUGAGACCAGCCAGGAGGUGAAAGACAGAGGGAUCAACUCUUGGCUGCUUCAGUUUCUGACAGUGUGACGGCGUUUCAUGAAAAGCUGUUCCACACGGACCCCGAUGAGCUACCGGAGAAAUAUGAGAGAAGCUGCUCUCGCUUGCUUGCUGUGCUGUUGUAUUCUUGCAUUCUUGCUUAACUGAGUAGUCCUACAAUUUGUAAUCAAAUCCAGUUAUGUUACUCCACAUGUAAUAAAAGCAG